UGUGCUUGUUUUAGCUUAAGAAACACCCCCUAAAGUACUUUUCAUUACUUGUUCAUUAUAUUCAAGGUAGAGCUAGGGAAGAAGGAAUUCAUGGACAAAGUACAGAAAUUGGCAUCAGAAAAUGGAGUAAUGAUAUUCAGCAAGAGUACGUGCUGUUUGUGCUACGCGGUGAGUAUUCUAUUCAGAGAGCUAGGGGUGAAUGCGUACGUGCAUGAACUGGAUCAUGACUCAGAUGGAAAGGAAAUGGACAAAUCCCUUAUUAAAAUGGGCUGCAAUCCUUCAGUACCUGCAGUUUUCAUAGGAGGGAAAUUGAUUGGUUCAACUAAUGAAAUCAUGUCUCUCCACCUUAAAGGCUCUCUCAUUCAACUCCUCAAUCCAUAUAUGCCUGUUUGAAAGUUAAUGAAAGAUUAAGGUUUGGGGCUACCAAUAUCAGUUAAUUAGGAUUUAAGAGAAGAACAAAAAAUGAAUAAACUUGGGUCGAUCGAAGGGACACUAGUCGUGGAGAUCAAGGUCUUGCAUCCAGGGAGAAUGUUGUAAUGUUAUUUGAUCAGUAUUAGUCAGUGGUUACCUAGCAUAAACUAUAUAUGCAGCUUAAUUAGUUAUUUGUCUACGCACAGUUAAAAUGGUAUCGUUGCCUAGUGCAAAGAAUGUAAUUUUAACCUAUUUCCUCAAUGAUAAAGUUGCUUUAUUA